UUGUCUUGUGUAGGACUAGCAAUCAAUAUAACCAAAAGCAUUUCUGUUUUUGCUCACUGCAGGAAACAUCACAGCAGGAGUAACAUCAAGAACAGAAUGACGAGACUGACUCUGUUGGCAGGCCUUUGCCUGUUAUUGGCGCAUUUUGGUACUGCUACUGACCUUAUAUGCUACUUCACAAACUGGUCCCAGUACAGACCUAGUAAUGGGAAGUACUUGCCUGAUAAUGUUGAUCCUCAGCUCUGCACCCAUCUAAUCUAUGCCUUCUCCGUCAUUAAUUAUGCUAACGAGCUGGUCACCUACGAGUGGAAUGAUGAUGUUCUCUACAAAUCUUUUAACAAUCUGAAGCAAAGGAAUCCCAGUCUGAAAACUCUUCUGGCUGUGGGAGGAUGGAACUUCGGUACAUCCCAGUUCACGACCAUGGUGUCGACCCCAGCAAACAGACAGAAGUUCAUCCAGUCCUCCAUCACGUUCCUGAGAACUCACGGUUUUGAUGGGCUGGAUCUGGACUGGGAGUAUCCAGGAUCCCGUGGAAGCCCUGCAGAGGAUAAACAGAGAUUCACACUGCUCUGUAAGGAGCUUUUGGAGGCUUAUGAAGCUGAAGGCAAGGCUACUGGACGUCCCAGACUGAUGGUCACAGCUGCAGUGGCUGCUGGAAAAGAAACCAUUGAUGCUGGAUAUGAAAUCGCUGAGAUUGCCAAGUAUCUGGAUUUCAUCAGCAUCAUGACUUAUGAUUUCCACGGGGCCUGGGAAACUUUCACUGGCCACAACAGCCCUCUGUAUCGCGGUUCCCAUGACCAAGGAGAACUUAUCUACUUCAACACUGAUUUUGCUAUGAAUUAUUGGAAGGAUCAGGGUACCCCUCUGGAGAAGCUGAGGAUGGGUUUUGCCACUUAUGGCAGAACAUUUCGUCUGACAUCUGGAGACACUGGAGUUGGAGCUCCAGCCAAUGGUGCUGCUUCUGCCGGGACCUACACCAGAGAGGCAGGAUUCUGGUCCUACUAUGAGAUCUGCAACUUCCUUCAAGGAACAAACAUCCAGUGGAUCGAUGAUCAGAAAGUACCUUACGCUACCAAAGGAAAUGAGUGGGUGGGGUUCGACACCCAAGAGAGUUAUGAAAUAAAGGUCCGCUAUCUGAAAGAUAAUAAAUUUGGAGGAGCAAUGGUCUGGGCUUUGGAUCUGGAUGACUUUGCAGGACAGUUCUGUGGGAAGGGCAACUACCCUCUUAUCAGCCACCUCAAGAAACUGCUGAAUUCAGAUCUGCCUCCUCUGCCCUCACUUCCUCCAACCACUGCUCCAAUCCCUGUGACGACUACGUGCAUAUCUGCUGCACCUGAAACAACUGCUGCACCUCAAACAUCUACCGCACAUCAAACAUCUACCACAACUCAAACAUCUACCACAACUCAAACUGCUCCUGAGUCUCAAACAUCUACUACUCCACCAGCUCCCCCGACUGAUCCUCCAACCAUUGAGUUCUGUCUGGGCAAGUCUGACGGUAUCUACCCAAAUCCUAGUGAUCCUACGUCCUUCAUCCAGUGUGCUAACGGCAUUAAAUUCGUACAGUACUGCCCUGCAGGCACUGUCUACAGUGACAGCUGCAAAUGCUGCAACUGGCCUAACUAAACGCAGGGUACUGACUAUAAUGGGAUGCACACAUGAGCACUUUGAACUGAGUAGAUGACAUGUAUUGCAGUGUGUUUAUGCAUAUUUGUAUGACUAUACAGAAUGAUUUGUAAAUAAAGUUUAAUUAAAGAAGCUGA